UAGACUUUAGAUCCAGUUUGCAAAUGGCAUUGUUUGUAAAUAGUUUAUAAUCAGAGACAAAAUUCUCGAGAGUGUCCUUUUAACAACACACACCCAGCUUUGAUGAUGAUGAGGUCAACAUAAAUCACAUUCAUUGACAAAAAGAAAAACUCAAACUUUAUUAAGAUCUCUUCUAAAGUUUCGAUUUUUUGUUUCUCCUUUCUUAAUUGUAAAAGCGACGAUGUCAGGGUACCCUCCGACGAGUCAAGGCUACGGUUACGGUUACGGCGGCGGCGGAGGAAAUCAACCACCGCCACCUCAGCCACCUUACUCAUCUACAGGAAACAAUCCUCCGUACGGAUCACCGACCACCUCCUCAGCUCCUUACGCAGUUCCUUACGGAGCACCGAACCCACCAUCGUCCUCUUCCGCGCCUCCUCCUUACGGAUCUUCGAAGCCUCAGUCUUCUUCGUACGGAGCACAGCCUCCUUCAGCACCGUACGCGCCUUCUCCCGGAGACUACAACAAGCCGCCAAAGGAGAAACCUUACGGAGAUUACGGAGCUUAUCCAUCGCCUGGACCUUCGGAUUACGGGUGUUACGGUGCUGGACCACGUCCUUCGCCGCCGUCCGGUCACGGUGGAGGAUACGGAGCUACUCCACCGCCUUCUGAAUACGGCGGUUACGGUGGUCAACCUCGUCCAGCGUCGUCUGGAUAUGGCGGCGGGGACGGAGGCUAUCCUCCUCAAGCCUCUUAUGGAAGUCCUUUUGCUUCUCUGAUUCCGUCAGGUUUUGCUCCGGGAACGGAUCCGAAUAUAGUGGCUUGCUUUCAAGCUGCGGAUCAAGAUGGUAGUGGCUUCAUUGAUGAUAAGGAGCUUCAAGGAGCUCUCUCUUCUUAUCAGCAGAGGUUCAGUAUGAGAACUGUUCAUCUUCUUAUGUAUCUUUUCACCAAUAGCAAUGCCAUGAAAAUUGGACCUAAGGAGUUUACUGCACUUUUCUACAGUCUUCAGAACUGGAGGUCCAUUUUUGAGAGGUCUGACAAGGAUAGGAGCGGCAGAAUAGAUGUAAAUGAGCUGAGAGAUGCGCUUUUGAGCCUUGGGUUUUCGGUUCCUCCUGUGAUUUUGGAUCUGCUGGUUUCCAAGUUUGACAAAAGCGGAGGGAAGAACAGGGCCAUCGAAUAUGACAAUUUCAUUGAGUGCUGUCUCACUGUUAAGGGGCUGACAGAGAAGUUCAAGGAGAAGGACACAUCGUACUCAGGCUCAGCUACUUUCACCUAUGAAACCUUCAUGCUCACCGUCCUCCCCUUCCUCAUCGCAUAAGUGUUUUUACGGACUCGGAGUUGCCUUGUCCUAUAAGACAGUCUCAGUAAGGACCAACUCGUGGUAUUUGUAUUUUUGGACUUGGACUUGGACUGGACUGCUCGUUUAAAUAAACCAGACGGGCGUUAAGGGGUUGAGCCGGUCUUGCAUUCUUCUCAUAACCCUAGUUAACAAGAAAACAUGUUUGAUUAAAAAAGCAGAAAUUCAAAUGUGUUCUUGGUAAAUGUUUACGUGAGAGUCUCGUAUAGUUCUUACACCGCGACGAGCAUCGGUCAAUAAAUCAAUUUGCUGACGCGAAACAGUCCCCACCUGCAUUAUUAUUGAACAGGGAAUCAGAUUUGAGUCGGUUUUUUUAUA